CAAUUUGUUCACUUUUGUUCUCAUGAAACGUUGGAAAGGCACCGAGGCUGGAAUAUUUUCAACACGCAGCAGGGAAAGCAAUCGCGAUGCGUUGCCUAUGAGCAAAGGGAUUUGAUUCACAAUGGAGUCUGUGGGUACAUCAAACUGUCCAGGAUUCUCGGAAGUUGAUGAUCUUGCAAAUAUAUGCGAACCAGCACAAGAGUUGGAAGAUUCCGAAUCUCGCCAUGAAACUUACCAGAAAUUGUCAAACGUCCAAAUCACUCUGAUAAGUUUGCUUUCCCUUGUCAUGGCUGCCGCAUUUGCAGCACUAAUUUUUACCGUGCUCAGCGGAAUAGGUUUGAGAGCGCAAAUAUCCACCCAUCCGUCUGCGGUUCCUUGGGGUGUGGAUUUUGAGGUUGUCGUCGAUUCCGACUCGGGCGAACCAGAUUUGCUGACGGAUUCAUCCUUGAUUCUUGGAAGAUUCAAACGCAGCAGAGGCGACUUUGAAGAUUACGGCAGCGGUGACGGCAUCGUCGAAGAAGGCGAUCGGCCCAAAAGACAACGGCCCGAUUGCGACGAAAAGUACGAGCAGAUCAACAAGAAGCUCGAAAAAGUUGUGGCGACCGUCAAUAAAAUCAACGACCGCCUCAGCGGCUCAAAAGAGUUGCAGCAGCAAAGCUACACCGGCCGAUACCCCUUGUGCUUCUUCCAACCCGACCCUUCAGCUGUCCAGACAGACAACCGUGGACAGUAUUUCACCAACCACCAAGCCCAGAGAGGGCCAGUGACCUGCGUAUUCCUACCCGCACCAAUUUCGCAAACUGCGGUCAUUCAAGAGCAAGGAAAGAACGACAAAGCACUCGAAACUGCCAAUAGAGAGAGGGCAAGUUCUACUGAUCAAGACUCCUGGCCGUCAAAAGGGUUGCCCCUGCCGCAUCGAGAAAAAAACGUAACUUCCAGCGCUGUAUCGUCGGGAAGAAGUGCGAGCAGAGGGCAUUGUGAGGAGGGCCACGUUGCGUGCAGUAACGGCAAAUGCAUUUCGAGCGGUUUGUGGUGCGAUGCGAGCGUGGACUGCGAAGACGCGAGCGACGAGGCGCAAUGCAAUUGCCGGCACAGGGUGGACGAGGUGCGCUUGUGCGACAACUACAUGGACUGUCCCAACGGCGAGGACGAAAUUUCAUGCCACGGCUGUGCAAAAACCGAGUUCAGCUGCAUAAACAAAGGUCCGCACGAAAAAGAGCACAAAUGCGUGCCGCUGACGAAAAGGUGUGAUGGCGUUGAAGACUGCACGAGUGGUUCGGACGAACACGAGUGUUUUGCGCUGCUGGAAGAGCUGGUCAAUUCUGGCCAAGUGGAUCUGCAGUCGCACAUCUCUGGCUACCUGCACAUUAACAUUCAAGGUCAAUGGUUUCCGACGUGCACCGCUGACCCCGCGGCUGCCCUGCAAGCUUGCAAGGCGGAGGCUGGCCCUGAUGUGCGUUCUGAGGAGAUAACGAUGAAGAUUGAGAGAAUCGGCGAAUCUGUUAAAGCAAUGCUUUACUCAGUGAAGAGCGAAGGUUGCAAAAAUCGUGAGGUAGCGUAUGUGCAGUGUCCGUUGCCCAAGUGCGGCUCGCGAAUUUUGGACGAGGCCCCGAUCGAAAGACCAAAGCGCGUGGUCGGCGGAAGAAUUGUGGGAGGAAAACAGAGCCAGCCAACAGCUUGGCCUUACCUGGUUGCAAUUUUCCGGGACGGCAGGUUUCACUGUGGAGGAAGUUUGAUCACAGAAGAAUGGGUCCUCUCUGCAGCUCAUUGUGUGCACGAAUACACUAAACAUUUCUACGAAAUCCAGGCCGGCAUGUUGCGGCGCCUUUCCUUCUCGCCGCAAGAGCAAACCAGGGUGGUCACCCACGUCAUCGUGCAUCGCGAUUACAACAGACAAGUGAUGACCAACGACUUGUCCCUGCUGAAAAUUGACCCGCCCGUCCGCAUGUCCCGAUGGGCCAGACACGUCUGCCUGCCGCCGCCUGGCUUGAUGCUCCCUGAGCCCGGCACCACCUGCAUCACAAUUGGCUGGGGCGCUACCAAGGAACAUGGAUCCGAUCCCGAUCAAAUCCACGAAGUUGACGUGCCGAUCUUGGACAACUGCAAACACAUCGAGGAUAGAAGGGGGAUAGAAAUUUGUGCCGGUCUCCCUGAGGGCGGGAAAGAUGCCUGUCAAGGCGACAGUGGUGGGCCCCUUUUAUGCAGAAUUCCUCGUGAACCAGAGAGAUGGUACGUAGCCGGUGUGGUGAGCCACGGUGAAGGCUGCGCCCGCCCUAACGAACCUGGAGCGUACACCAGGGUUGGAAUUUUCCUCGACUGGAUCAACUACUUUGUUGAAAACGAGAUCCAUCUUCCAAAAGAAGUGCCUGUUGCGAAAUGUCCCAGCAUCGAGUGCAGCAGGGUGGGCGGCCGGUGUCUUUCGGCAUCAAUGGUGUGCGAUAAAAUAAUCGAUUGCCUCAACGCAGAAGAUGAGCUCAAUUGCAAGAGUUUUCGUGCCAGGGAGGACGCGAAUUCCACGUUCCGAGAAGACGAAUCCAGCAGACCUACGCCGAAUAUGAACGAGGACAAGAUUUCCAAAAUUUACGACGACCAGAGAGUGAAAGGCGCGUUCCAAACGCUGAAGGAUGCGGGUUUCCUGAACAACGUCACUGCCGGAAUUAUGCUGCCGAAAUUCUUCUUGUUCAACGUGAAGUCAAAUGAUUCCAGAGUGUCCAAGGCAUUGAAAGACCUGAACGAAACCGGCGUCGCAAAUAUUGAGAACCCGAUCAACGUGACGCGAAUUUUGGACAGCCCUCCUCAAGAGAGCAGUCCUGUGAAAUUAGGACAGAAUUCCACUUCGCCCGGUACCAAUGGAUCUCCAAGUGCUUCAGAGGCAACCCUUGACUCGUUGGAUUCGUCUCCGAACGAAACAACCACCGCGUCCACUGACGAGCCGGAAAAUAAAAUCGGCGAAAUCGAACUACCUGUUGAUUCUUCCCCACGUCCGUCUUCCUUGUCGCCGCAAACCGCAGCGUCCUCCACAACUCUAGCACCAAGUCCUUCGCCUUCUACUCCCGUUGAGUCAAAGGGCGGUGACCUAGAAUUGAAUCAGUUCACUUCGACCGUCAGACCUGCGAGCAAUGUUACAGGGAUCGACGCGGAAAACAAGCAUUUGGUGGAAACAGGGUCGCAACAGGAGAGGUUUUACUGCGGGUUUAACCAAGAAAUUCCAAUAGACAGAAGAUGCGAUUCAGUGAAAGAUUGCGAAGAUGGAUCUGAUGAAAGGGAUUGCACGUGCGGAAAUUAUUUGGCACGCAUAACCCCUGCUCUUAUUUGCAACGGAGAACUAGACUGUCGGGAUCGCUCGGACGAAAGAGGAUGCAGCGUAUGUAACGAGGACGAAUAUCUGUGCCCCGUUAGUUAUCAGUGCGUCAAGAAGUACCAGAUCUGCGAUCGUGGCAUUGAUUGCUUGUACAAGGAGGAUGAGCGAUACUGCUUUGCAUUGGUUAACGGUCCAAGUGUCCAUGUGGACCAAGAAAAUCGCGCGGUCCUCAGGCAAGACGGCUUCUUGGUUUACAAGCAGGGCAAAAUUUGGUACCCCGUGUGUCAGGAUCGCACAGACAAGACGCCCGAAGAACUUGCAGCCGACAUUUGUGCAAAUCAAGGAUUCAGCUACUACAAAGACGUGAAAGUGCAGCCGGCGAGUUUCAUUGCACUGCCCGAGUACCAAGACCAGGAGGAUUAUUACGAGCAGCCAAAUUAUGGAAUGCUGCAAGAGGGUGCGGAGCCGUGCAGUGGACUUUGGGUGGAGUGCGGCGAACGACUUUUCACUUACCCGCUACCGGAUAUUCCACCGUGUGGUGACGCGACCUGGUCGUGGUUCGCGGCUAUUUUCAAAGAAGGAAAAUACCUUUGCGGGGCCACGCUUGUGAAUCCCCUGUGGGUCGUCACCUCCAGGUCUUGCACGCAAAAAAUCGAUUUGCAGUACCAUUACAUAGGGGUAAUUAUGGGUGCGAAACGGUUGUUUGGCUAUGAAGGGCCACAUGACCAAAUGAGACGCGCCGUGGCGAUUAAGGACAUUGAGGAUGUCUCCUUUGUACAACUGGACAAACCUGUCAAAAUAACGAGAAACGUGAUACCUCUGACCCUGCCUGAGUGGUUUGAAAGACCGGACAGUCUGCUUUACUGCAUGGCACUGGGCCCAAGCAGCGUCAACGACAGCAUCAUUUCCAUUCAGUUCAAGCCUGUGUACUGCGAGGACAACCUUUUAUGUUUAGAACGCGUUUGCUCUCCUUCCCAUCACGAGUGUGAAGUUCCGUACGCGUCAAAACCAAUUUCGUGGUCGGGCGCCGUUGCGUGCCAAAACUCCAGGGGCAGCUGGUUUCCAGUGGCUGUUUUUGACGAACCACUCGGCUCUUGCGGCUUCAAGUCUCCUUUCCCGUUGCGGCGGAUCGAACAAUAUAUUGACGAAGCCAGAGAAGUUUUAAAAUACCCAAACCCGCCAGUUGCACAACCACUUUGCCAAGGCUGGCGCUGCCCUUUGGGUCUGUGCGUGCCUCAAUCUAAUCUUUGUGACGGAAUGGCCGAGUGCAGAGACAGGUCGGACGAAUCCGAUCGCUGCCUUUAUGUGCAACGAGAAAAAUUCUGCCUGGAUGCUGAAAAUCCAUAUACUUGCGUUUGCGGCUUGAACAGUGUGCCUUGUCGCAAUGGCUAUUGCGUGCACAAAAACCAAUUCUGCAAUGGAUACGACGACUGCGGAGACGGCUCGGACGAGCCUGCAGAUUGCAAAUCAUGCGCUGCAUACCUUAAAGUGGUGGAUCCGUCCAAGAUUUGUGACGGAAACCGGAACUGCUACGAUAAAUCAGACGAAUCCUGGACGAUUUGCGGCUGCAGUCAAGGCUCCUACAAAUGUCAGCAUGAGAAGCACUGCAUUCCUCCAACCUUUGUGUGCGAUGGGGAAAAAGACUGUCCGGGUGGAGAUGACGAAAAGAACUGCGUCGCCGUUCGCACCACGCGAUCAGACCAAGCGGUUGGCGAAGUGCUGAUCAACACUUGCGGUCAAUGGCACGAAUUCUGUGCACCACCAGGCCUGGACACGAAAAUUUUCAACGUGGACAGCAGGGACCUGUGCCGGCAAAUGGGCUUCGACGGGUCCAACGCGCGCACCGUUCAGGAAGCGACUUUGGCGCCGAUGCAGCUGCCAGAAAUGGACAUGUUUUACGAGGUUCACAUCAACAACCAGACAUCAUUUAUCAUGAGACCAUCCAGCAGACCCCUGGUUCAGUUCAAGUUUUCUCCUUGUCCAACUAUUGUUGUACUUGACUGCGGAGCAGCGAAUUAAAUAAACACUUAGGGUAGAAAAAUAAAAUUGCCGCGCAAUGAUUUUUAUUUGAAAAAAUUCUCUUACGUCACUUGCGGUUUUGAUCUGCCUAUAAAAAAAAAC